ACUGCUGCGAAUGGCACUAAAAUAACGAUACAGAACUCUACCAAUAUAAUGUCUAACAAAUUGUUGUUUCUUGAAACAAAGUCGGCGCAGGCGUUUGCUGGUUUAAUGUCAUUUGCAGCUGUUCUAAUCAGUGGACAUCAUAUAUACUUGCAUCUCACUAAUUAUACUGCACCGAAUGAGCAGAAGUGGAUUGUGCGCAUUCUCUUUGUGGUACCGCUUUAUGCAUUUCAAUCGUGGCUAAGCCUUAUGUUUCUCCGUCAUCAGGAUUUCUACGUAUAUUUUGACACAGUUCGAGAUUGUUACGAAGCAUUCGUCGUUUACAGUUUCCUCAGUCUCUGUUAUGAAUACCUUGGUGGCGAGAGUUGCAUCAUGGCGGAAAUACGCGGCAAGGCCGUCCCCUAUUCGUGGAUCUUUUGCACCUGCUGCUUCUCCGGUCAGGUUUUUACCAUUGGAUUCCUGCGCUUUUGCAAGCAGGCAACAUUACAAUUUUGCCUUGUGAAACCUCUAAUGGCGAUAGCGAUCAUAAUAAUGCAAUCAGCAGGGAUAUACAAGCAUGGGAUAUGGAGUGCAUCUAAUGGAUAUUUCUACACCACCAUCAUCUACAAUAUAUCGGCCUUCUUGGCACUCUACGCUCUGGUGCUGUUCUACCUCGCCACCAGCAACAUUCUACGUCCCUUCGAUCCAGUUCUCAAGUUUGCGGUUGUCAAGUCCGUUGUGUUCCUGUGUUUCUGGCAGGGCGUGAUCUUCGCCGUCCUGGAGAAGACUGGAGUUCUCCCGGCGCUGCCCAACUCAAACGCUGGCACCGUCUCUGCGGGCAUCCAAGAUUUCAUCAUCUGCAUCGAAAUGGUGUUUGCGGCAGUUGCACUUCGCUACGCGUUUCCCUACCGCCUGUACGCGGACGCGGAUAACAUCACGGAUGAGAAAAGGGGUCGACCAAGUAGUUUUCAUAACUUGCGAGACACGUUCAACCCGCAUGACGUGCUUCGUGAUGCCUUCCACAACUUCCACCCAACCUAUCAGAAGUAUACCGAACAGGUAAAAUUGAACAUCAAUGUCCUCCCUCAGCCGUCUCGUCACCUAGUUAACUAUGGCUGUUGA